AUGAUUGCACACUUUAUAGCGUCAGUGGAGACCAUGUGGACAAAUGCGACUACACUCCCUGCACCAAUCAAGGAUGUUGCAGUAGCGACAAGUGAUGCUGCGACGAAGAAAAGAGCCGCUCCCCCGCCUCCGCUAGCUCUGUCGGAUACAGUUUCUGCUCAAACAUACGAUACUAACAAAGAAUUAUUUGUUGAGGCGACAACACUAUCGCAUCCGUCAAUGGCACCUAGUCAUCUAGCUAGUCCGGGACGUGCAGCUCUUAACAUCUUAGACGAUUUGACAUCUGCUCUUGACAAGCAGAAGUCAUGCUCUUUGCGCAGUAUUGCUGAUGGUAUGACUUCAACACAUCGCAUGGAACAAUAG